UCCACUCCUUUCUACCAUUAAUUUCUUCAGCCGAUAUUUCCCUGUCUGCGUGGGCUUGUGUUUGGGGGUUUACGGUUUGAGCUGUCGACUCUGGCUGCAGCUCGUUUGAACAACAUGGGGAUUUAAGGGACGAGGGAGGAAAAGGGGCAAAGCAAAGGGACCUCCGCAUCUUUCUCUCCGCAUCUCCUCAUCCUCCUGCUGCUGUGAGGCUGGAGAGGAUCAUGCAUCACCUCAAACCAUGGCGAGCUCUGCUGCUUGUCACCGUGCUGUGCCAACCAGGGCUCUCAGACAAAUACGGUUGCUUGUUUGAAAGAAAACUGUGCAGGAGGGAUCAGUUCUGCUCAGAUGACGGGCUGCUUGGUCAGUGCCACAGCUCUAAACAGGACCAGGUCCAGUACCAGGUGUCAGUUCCUGUUUUAAAGAGGAUGCAGGAAGUCCUCAAACAGCUCAUGCUCCAAGGUUUUUCAUGGCAGGACGACAUCACCCAGUAUAUUUUAUCAAAGGAGCUGAAGAGAGUUCCUCGUACCACCCAAACCUCGAAGCCAAACUCCUCUUCCUCCACUUCUCAUUCACCUCAGUCUAAACAGCACAUCCCCAGUCACCACAACUCAAGGUCUGGGUCCACAUCUCCUGGUGGCAACUACGUGGACUACAUGAUUGUUGAGCCUCCUCAAUCUCAAAUGCGCAUGCCGACAGCAUCCAUGGACCCAUACACAUACCACCAGCACAGGUACCAAGACGAGUUAGAGAGAUCUCUCAUAGGGGCGGGAGGCAGCUAUGCCCGCCCCUCUUCAAGGUCCCAGGCCAAUCAGAGAGAGCGUGAGCGUGAGCGUGAGCGAGAGCGAGAGCGAGAGCGUGAGCGUGACAGGCAGCUGCUACAGGAGGCCUUGUCCCUCUACCUGGCAUCUGCACAGCCCUCGUAUCCCCACCGGGGGGCUGCUGCCAUGGCCCCUGCAGGUCUGCCUUACUAUGAGGACAUGGAACUGGAGAUACCAGUGGACUAUGUGGAGGACUACACCCUAGAGGAGAGACUUGGCACUUCAGGCAGACAGCAAAUGCAGAACAAAAAGGUUGUUCAGGACUUCAGCUCUGGAAACAACAAUGGCUUGCUCCAGAGGAUUUCGGAGGUCUUGCAGAUGUACGGAGUGAACCCCAGAGAACUGAGUCAAGAGCAGCUCUACAAGCUCGCACUGAUACUGCAGCUGCUGCAGGCCCAAGAGAAAACAGAUCCAGUUGAGAAGGACCUCGUCACGCUCAAGGAGAUGCAGCUGUUAAAAACAGACAGUCAAAUGUCAAACAAGCCGCAGAAGCCUGCUCCUGUUCACGGGCCGCCCGCUGCGUCUCCUGCACCCUCCUCUGCCUCAGUCCCGGCUACACCUCCAGCCAAGAAAACCAGCGUCCCCUCCUCUGCUCCUCAGCCUCCACAGGUUUCUCCUGCAGUGGCUGAGCAAGGCCUGAAGGAGCAGGGGCUGCCACUGGUUGAGGGAACGGGAGCCAAGGAGGAGUAUGGGUACAUUGUCACCAACCGGAGUCCUCUGAGUCUGCAUGAUGGUGUGAAGCUGUUGGAACUACUGGCUGAUAAGAUUCACCUGACAACCAGCAGCUUCAUCAACAUCAGUGUGGUGGGUCCUGCGCUGACGUUCCUCAUUCUCCAGAAUGAACACAACAUGACGGUUGCGGAGGUGGCUGCCAAGGCUGUGUCUGAAAAGAAGUUCCUGGAGUCUGAGAUGAGCUUGAAGAUCGUACAGACCGGCGUGGGAGAGAGGACAGAUGCACGGGGCCUCCCUCAGGUAACCAGGGUUUCCCAGGGCUCCAGUGGCACGGUUAUCACCCUUGUUUCCAUGGCAGUCGUAGGUGGCUUGCUGGUAUUGGCCAUGGCCGUAGCUUGUCUGAGGCACUACGCUCAGCAAGUGACCAAUGGCAAGCUCGGCCUGGGGCCAGAGGGAGGAGCAGAGACACACUUUGACUAUCAGGAGCUGUGUCGGCAGCACAUGGCGUCCAAGUCCUCCUUGUGUCGCCAGGACUGUGUGGGCGGGGCGAGCAGCAGCAUGGCAGGGGCCGCAAUAACCACGGGCGCUGGCGGCCGACGCGGCACCGACACGUCUCGCGUCAGCAGCGUCUCCUCCCAGUUCAGCGAUGGUCCGCAGCACAGCCCAUCCUCCACCCACAGCUCCACCCCGUCCUGGAGCGAAGAGCCGGCCCAGUCCAACAUGGACAUCUCCACCGGUCACAUGAUACUAGCUUAUAUGGAGGACCACCUGCGUAACAAGGACCGUCUUCAGAAGGAGUGGGAGGCCUUGUGCUCCUAUCAGGCUGAACCCAGCUCCGUAGCUGUGGCCCAGGGCCCAAGCAACAUGGACAAAAACCGACACGCUGUGUCCCUCCCCUAUGAUCACUCUCGGGUGAAGCUGAAGCCUGAAGUAAACAUAAACAAACAAGAUUACAUCAACGCUAGCACUAUUUCUGACCAUGACCCUCGCCAACCAGCUUAUAUUGCCACUCAGGGACCUCUGCCUCACACUGUCGCUGAUUUCUGGCAGAUGGUGUGGGAGAACGGCUGCACAGUGAUCGUGAUGAUGUCAGCGCUGGUGGAGGAUGGAGAGAAGCAGUGCGAGCGAUACUGGCCCGACGAGGGCUCAUCGCUCUACCACAUCUAUGAGGUGAACCUGGUGUCAGAGCACAUCUGGUGUAAGGACUUCCUGGUGCGCAGCUUCUACCUGAAGAACGUCCAGACUCAGGAGACCAGGACCUUGACACAGUUUCAUCUGCUGAGCUGGCCGGCCAACGGCAUCCCCACCUCCACACGGCCACUGCUUGACUUCCGCAGGAAGGUGAACAAAUGCUACAGAGGUCGCUCCUGCCCAAUCAUCGUUCACUGCAGCGAUGGCAUCAGCAGGACUGGCACGUACAUCCUCAUUGACAUGGUGCUGAACCGCAUGGCCAAAGGAGUGAAGGAGAUUGACAUUGCAGCCACACUGGAGCACAUCAGAGACCAGAGACCUGGCCUGGUCCACACCAAGGACCAGUUUGAGUUUGCGCUGACAGCAGUAGCAGAGGAAGUGAACGCCAUCUUGAAAGCGCUGCCACAGUGAGCGGCAGCAGCUGAGGACGCACUGAGGACACACGCAGACAGAAAGAGAAAAAGACACGCUCCGAAGGACCCACUGGUGCAACCCAGUCAUGUGGCCAUCACUGUAAAUAAGAAUUUGCUCCACCACACUUGUUUUCAGCAUGCAGUCUUUUACCAUCUACUCACUGUCUGGGGUUUUUAAAACUUUUGGAACUUCAUUUGACGAGAAGUACAUUAAAUGACGAGGAUGUAAAUAUGGAGAGAGGAGAGUUUUUUCAACAUUAUAAUUUCGACAAUGAGGCCCUAACAUGUGUAGUCCAAAGAGUAAGGAUGUGAAGAUACUGUGCUGGUGUGAAUCCUGAUUCCACGGAACAGGGGUCUAUUUGUUGUGUAGUAACACAGUCAGAGGGGAUGUAAUUCAUCUCUGUAUGACUAUAACGACAUCAUAUCAAACAUCGCUGACCUGUCUUACUGCCAUUUGAUUCCAUCUUUACCUCACGAUUACCUCAAAUCAACAGAUUCAUUUCCUCCAACACUGAGGGUUUUCUUUAGCUGUUCUCUUGAAUGUUACAGAUUCAUCAGACUCACGUGAAAUAACGUUAAAUCCCUUUAUGAAACCACCGUUCUCACUGAUACACACAAAGGUUUCUCUCCGUUGAACUCUCUGAGCGAAUAUUUGUUACGUGUCCACCAGAACUCUGUAUGCUCCCGUCUAAGUGUGUGUUCAUUCCCAGCAGGUUUUCAUUUUGAGAGGCUCGUCUUCGCCUUUGACGACAUGAUUGUUUGCUUUAAGCACUGCUGUUUUGUAAAAAUCUCUGUACUCUAAGACCACAGAAUACACACAUCUCUCACUCACACACACAUACAAGUCGUUUGUUUCUUCUUGUUUUGCUCAGUGUGAGUCCUCGUGAUUAAUGUAAAUAAUUUAUCCUGAUGAUUGUGUUUAUUUCAUGUAGCAGACAGAUGGAAAAUAUCUAUAAAAAUGUAUUUUUGACUUGAAAUUAAUAAAUUUGUGAUGUGAUGCAGCAGAACUAAAAGA